AGAGAGCUCGUCCUAAACUUACCAGAUCAGCCUCGCGCGUGGUUUUCUCGGUCUCCGUUUGUCGUUCUCCCGCGCGCACGAUCCAUGCCGCCAAUGAGUAUCAGAUAGAUACCGUCCGGUAAUAUUUCACUACCGGGAGCACAGUCCCGGAAAAUAAUAUGACGUUUAAAAACUGAUUCUGUUCAAGUGCGCAUUUACGGGACAUGACCGAGUCAAACGGAUUCCAACGGUAAAAGAUGGAAGACGGAGGUUGAUGGGAUGACUUCGUUACCGAAGAAAGAGCCAGCUGUUUCUGACGGUCAUAGUUUGGGUCCCUAAAGGUCGAGAUUCUGACGGUUGGAGAGGAACCGAUGUGGAAUUCAUCUUGCGCGCGUGAGCCAGUUUGAAAAGAGGGUUUUUACGCAUCAGUGUGUGUGUGUGUGUGAUGGCGUCUCGGGCCCAGGACAUAUGACCCAACAUGGAGACCUACAGCCCUGACAACGUCACUCAGGAUGCCUCCCACCUGGCCCGCCACCCCUACCAUGGUUACGACCCCGGCCCCCACGGUUAUGACCCUGGCUCCUCCGGCCCCCCCCUGGCGGGGGUGGGGGGGGCAGGGGACACCUCUCUCCUGGGGCUGGAGGACAGCACUAAGUUACUGGGAGUACAGGUGGUGCUGAUCAUGGCGUACAGCACCAUCAUCCUGCUGGGGGUUGUGGGUAAUUUCCUGGUGAUCUACGUCAUCUACCGCUUCAAGACACUGCGCACCGUCACCAACUACUUCAUCGCCAAUCUGGCUGUGGCGGACCUCCUGGUGGACGCCCUGUGCCUGCCCUUCACCCUGGUCUACACCCUGGAGGGGGAGUGGAGGUUUGGGCAGGUGCUCUGCUUCCUGGUCCCCUUCGCCCAGGGCCUGGCCGUGCACGUGUCCACACUCACUCUCAACGUCAUCGCUCUGGACCGCCACAGGUGCAUCGUGUAUCACCUGGAGACCCGUAUGAGGAAGGAGGUGUGUUUCUGUGUGAUCGGGGUCACAUGGGGGCUGAGCGCCGUUCUGGCCAGCCCACUCGCCAUCUUCAGAGAGUACGGCAGCUUCCACCUGGCUCCCGGGCGGCCCAUACAGGUGUGUACAGAGAAGUGGCCUGGUGGCAGCACGUCAGACGGGACAGUGUACAGCGUGAGCAUGCUCCUUCUGCAGUACGUGCUCCCCCUCGCCAUCAUCACCUUCGCCUACGUCCGCAUCUGGUCCAAGCUGCGCUCUCACGUCCAGCCCGCCGGCCGCCACCUCGACCGCCACCGCCGCCGCCGCAAGACCACCAAGAUGCUGGUCACCAUGGUGGUCGUGUUCGCCGCCAGCUGGCUGCCUUUCCACGCCUUCCAGCUGGCCACAGACAUCGACAGCUCUGUGUUGGACAUGCGGGACUUCCGGCUGCUCUACACCCUGUUCCACGUGCUGGCCAUGUGCUCCACCUUCGCCAACCCGCUCCUCUACGGGUGGAUGAACCGCAACUACCGGGCGGCCUUCGCCGCUGUGUUCCGCUGCGACAAGCGGCUGGACAGCGUGCACCCCGAGGGGGGAGGGGGAGGGGGAGGAGGAGGAGGGGUGAAAGCAGUGCUGGCGUCUCAAGAUGGGGCGAAUCACCUGAAUGCUACUGAUGUCUGAGAAAGAGAGGAGGAGGGGGGGAGGAGAGAGAGAGAGAUGGAGAGAAGGGGAAAAAUGUCUUUAAAAAGUACCGAUUUAGAUAAUAUGAGACAAAAGAAAAAAGAGAGAUGGAUGGAUUCCCCUCCUUGGAUUGGGACUAGAAAUCUCCACUUUCUUGUGCUGGACUGGGACUAGGACUGGGACUAGGACUAGGACUGGGACUAGGACUAGCACAUCAUGUGCCAUAGGUCAGGUAAUCCCACAGGUACACUUGCGGUCUGACGUUAUGAAAUGCAUGUUGCUAUGGCAGCAGGCGUGAUCAAGCCUCGAGCACGCAUGAUAAAUAUUAAUAACAAUAUACAGUAUGUAUACAUGUUCAUGACCAACGCUUUCAGGAGCAGGAGUAGAUCUCUGGAUCUACGACGUCUGUUUCUACGGGUCAGUUCCGUCUCUCACUGAAGCAGAUUAACACACAUACACACACAUACACACACUCACACAUACACACAUGAUGCCGGAAUGUGUUCUGGGAGGACCUACAUAGAAAUAGACGAUUCUAGAUCAGGGAUCGUCCAUCCUGUUUUGUUAUCGUUGUUGUGUCUGCUGUUGCGGAUCUAGUUGCUCUGUUUCUAUGAGUGCUCUCCCAUGCUGUGUUUGAUGUCAUAAUAAUAAUCAUAAUAAUAAUGUAUUUAUUAAGCAAACACGCUUUCAUUCAAAGCACCAUUCAGGGGGAAUCGCACCUGCAACCCCCCCCCCACACACACACACAGACAGGUUGUCAGCCACAAACACACACCAUCAGCCACACACACACACACA